GUUAAAAAUUCAGAUCUGAGAAAGAGAGAAAUUUGGAUCCCCUCAGGAAAUCAAAGUUGAUGAAAUCUUUUGCCCCAUCAAAGAAUCUCACGAAUACCUGAAUCAAGUAAAGCCGCUUUGAAAAAAAAAAACCCCAAAGCUUGAAGACAUAGCAAAAGAAGAUGGACAUUUAUGCUCUUAUAACUUCAAUAGGAAUCAAUAUAGUUCUGUGUGUGGCCCUUUUGUUGCUCCAUUCCAUACUAAAAAAACUACCAAGCAAUGUGAGAGUGUACUUUGGAGGGAGGCUUGCUUCAAGAAAGACACCCAAUGAUCCUAUUUGCGUUGAGAAGUUUAUUCCUUCACGUAGUUGGAUAGUUGAAGCAUUUCAAGCAAGUGAAGAAGAACUAUUGCGCAUUGGUGGCAUGGAUGCUGUGGUUUUUCUCAGAAUAAUUGUUUUCAGCAUUAAAAUCUUUUUAAUUGUUUUUCCCAUUUGGGUCUGUCUACUGCUUCCGGUGAAUUAUUUUGGGCAAGUAAAGCCUUACGAUCAUUCUCUAAAGCUUAACGAGCAUUAUCCAUUCGAGACAUUCAAACCAUUUACCAUCGAGAAUAUCAAAGAAGGUUCAAAGUGGCUCUGGGCUUUUUGUCUGGCAUUAUAUAUUAUAACAUGCUCAGCUUGCAUUCUUCUUUACAAUGAGUAUAAAAGUAUUGCUGAGAUGAGGUUAGCACAUAUUACUGGAUCUCCAACAAAUCCAAGUCAUUUUACAGUUCUUGUCCGUGCUAUUCCCUGUUCUUCAGAAGAGUCAUGCAGUAAUUCUGUGCAAAAAAAUUUCACUAAUGAUUACUUGUCACACCAAAUGGUGCACCGGUAUGAUAGAGUUGAGAAACCAACGGACGAUGCAUCUGCUUUAGUUUAUUUCAAGACUCGCUAUGCUGCUACUGUUGCUGCACAGGCUAGUCUAUUUUCAAAUUCUAUGUUAUGGGUGAGAAACAUGGCUCCAGAACCACAAGAUGUUUAUUGGCCAAAUCUUGAAAUACCAUACCGACAACUUUGGUUCCGUAAGAUGGGAACACUUGUGGCUAUCACUGCCUUCAUCUUUUUGUUUCUUUAUCCUGUGGCCUUUGUUCAAGUUUUGGCUCAGCUAGAGGAGAUAGAAAAAACAUAUUUGCAUCGACAAAUAUCAUUUCCACUCUUGGAAGGACUUCUGAAGAAGAAAUAUAUGACCCAGUUGGUAACAGGAUACCUUCCAAGUCUAAUUUUGCAUUUAGCUAUGUCUACCGUUCCACCAAUUAUGAUGCAGUUUUCGACACUAGAGGGGUAUAUUUCCCGCAGUGGGAGGCAAAAGACUGCAUGUUACAAAAUCUUUUACUUCACAAUCUGGAAUGUCUUCUUUGUUAAUGCUUUUGUUGGGUUUCUUAUUGUGUAUUGUAUGGGUGCCUUUUCUAGUGUGAAAGACAUAGCUGCAGAACUUGCCAAUGCAAUUCCGAGACAGGUUUGCUUCUUCAUGACCUAUGUUUUGUCAUAUGGUUGGACAAGUUUGGCAUGUGAACUGAUGCAAAUAUUUUCCCUUUUCUACAACCUGGGUAAAAGAUUCAUACCAAGAAUCAAGGAUGAUUCGUGUAAUGGCACCUCGUCUUUUCCGUACCAUAAAGAAGUCCCACGGCUCCUUUUCUUCGGAUUCCUUGGAUUCACAUGUUCCAUUUUGGCACCCCCAUUAGUGCCCUAUUUGACUAUUUACUUUCUCUUUGCGUAUCUUGUAUAUCGAAAUCAGAUACUCAACGUAUAUGUUUCAAAAUAUGAUACCGGAGGACAGUUUUGGCCUGUUGUUCACAACACAACAAUCUUUUCAUUGAUAGUAUCACAAAUAAUUGCUGUUGGGGUUUUCGGAAUUAAACGAUCGCCUUUGGCUUCAAUUUUCACCAUUCCAUUGAUUAUCUACACUCUUAUAUUCAACGAGCAUUGUAGGCGGCGAUUUCUCCCAAUAUUUAAGAACAAUGAUGAGCAGAUUCUUAUUAAGAUGGAUCAGGAAGAUGAAAAGAGUGGAAAAAUGGAAAAGAUUCAUCAACUUUUGAUUUCGGCUUAUCAACAAAGUAAUGCAUUCUAGUGAACUUUGUUAUGAUUCUAGGGAACUUUGUUAUGAUUUAUCAACGGUUUGCACUGGACUAUGUCUUUAAAUUUGGUGCAUAUUACACUUAAGUUAUGUACUUUUUCUAGAUAUUCUUUAUUAACCGAGACUUCUUGCACAAUUAUUAGUUGCAUGUGAGCCAUCAUCCUAUUUCUUUGACAAGCUCCACAUCAUAGCUCUCUGGGAAGUUGACAAUGAAUUUGAACUCAUUGAUGAGGUCAA